UAUCCCUGUACUCCUCUCCUAAUGGAAAAGGUUAAACAGCAGCUUUUGAUGUGAUGCUCUCGAACAGACUGGCACAUCUGGACGCGCCCAUUUCCUCCGAGCGGGAGGGGGGGAGGUGCCAUCUCCCUGCCCUCCCCGCCCCCUCCACAAGCCCAGCAGUGGUACGCUCCGACUUGGAUGCGUUCAGCUCAUUGACCGGCAGACAAUCCUCAUCAGUACCACCAGAGCCCCGGAGCUUCCAACAGACCGGCCCCUUCCUUCAGCCCCCCCUCACAAAGCGAGCAGCAGCCUGCAGCCUCUCCGUCCCCGACAUGAAACAGACUCUGAGCGAACUGAUGAGGAUGAGCAGGAUAUGCCGGAUGGUAUUUGCCACCUGUUUGGGAUCCUUUAUUCUGGUCAUCUUUUAUUUCCAAAGUAUGUUCCAACCAGUCAUGCGGAGGAACCCCUUCGUGGUGGACGGCUGGAGUAGGAAAGGGUCCCGCAACGCCCUGCAGGAGCUCUACAACCCCACACAGCCCGAGUUGUCCGGAGCAGCCGUCCUCCACCAGGCCAGGAGGGAUCAGGUAGUGGAUGCCUGUCGAGUCUACAGUGCAUCCAGCCGUAAGCGCAGAGUCCUGACACCCGGAGACCUCAAACACCUUGUGGUGGACGAGGACCAUGAGCUCAUCUACUGCUAUGUUCCCAAGGUGGCCUGUACCAACUGGAAACGCGUCAUGAUGGUGCUCACAGGCCGGGGCAAAUACAGUGACCCAAUGGAAAUCCCUUCCAAUGAAGCCCACAUUCCUUCCAACCUGAAGACCUUGAACCAGUACAGUAUUGCUGAGAUCAACCACCGCCUCAAGAACUACCUCAAGUUUCUCUUUGUUCGCGAGCCCUUUGAGAGGCUGGUCUCCGCAUACCGCAACAAGUUCACCCUCAAGUACAACUCGUCCUUCCAUAAGCGCUUUGGCACCCGAAUCAUCCGGCGUUACCGCAAGAACGCCACGCAGGACGCCCUGCUCAACGGUGCUGACGUCAAAUUCAAAGAAUUCGCAGAGUACCUGGUGGACCCGGCCACGCAGCGUGAUGGCCCACUCAACGAGCACUGGCAGACUGUCUACCAGCUUUGUCACCCAUGUCACAUCCACUAUGACCUGGUUGGCAAGUACGAGACGCUGGAAGACGACGCAAACUACGUGUUGCGGCUGGUGGGUGUUGGCGAUUCCUUGCGCUUCCCGAGCUAUGCCAAGUCCACCCGUACCACAGACGCCAUGACAGCCCAGUUCUUCAGCAAUAUCAGCACUCAGCAGCAGUUCCAACUCUACCAGCUUUACAAGUUGGACUUCCUCAUGUUCAACUACUCCACACCCAGCUACCUCCGGCUGGACUAAUGGAGGACAGAGCUGUGACUCUGAGAACGGCUGCCUUGUUCAAGGAGAGGCAAAUUGAGUGAAAGGCGGAAUUCUUUGGAAGCAAACUUGAUUUAAAAAACUGUCAUCGUACGCAGGCGUGGGGUCUGAAAUAGACAUAUAAACAGGUGCUGAAAGAGAGAAAGGUGUGUGGAUGUCCAGUCAACUCUGGGUGAUACAGAGAGCGCUGAUUGGAUGAGAAUGUGGGCUAAAUGAACCAAACGCAUGCAAAGACUAAAAUGUGUAGGUGAAGCAGGUCUUCAAGGUGUUUUAAAAGGGGAACUUAUCCUCAGAGGACAGACUUGAAGAGGGGAUUCUCCUGAUGAUGUUCCCUACAUACACAAACAAACUGCUGACGAAUUAGGCUGCUUCAGAUUCUACAAAGCAAACAGCGGCCUCGCACGUGCCCUGACCCCAAUGCAUCGUGGGAGCUAAGCUUAUCUCCCCUACCCCUGAUCAAUAGAGAAACUCCGUCAAAUUGUAAAACACAAUUCAUGUCCUUCGCUGCGCUGUCAGCACGGUGUGCCAGCACCCAUCACCCUUGCCCUCAUUAGAUUUAUACAUUUCAGAGGGAAACUGGCUCAUCACCGCCUCAAGGACGCCCUGUAAUAGAUGAAUACUGACUUCACUCUCAAGACCUCUACAACUGUAACUGUGGUGACAUGGCCUUCAGCGACAGGUUGUAAUGAAACAAGUUUUCACUGGUCUCUACCAUUAUGAUGUUAGCAGAUGGGACCUCUUGUGUUACAACCUGCGGACCCCAUGAAAACAGAGACUCCUGUUGCAGCAGUAAAGUGUGGAAGUGCUUAAUAAAUCAUUGCCUGUAACACCAAGCAUCCUUAACACUUUGAGCUACAGGACAUGGUUAGAAAGGUACAGGAUGCUCCCACGUGUGUGGGUGCACCAGAAGUCUGCACAGAAAGUCUGAGCGAGAAAGAAAAGAGACAGCCUUUGUGGUUGUGAAAGGGUUAAAGGCACUGGAUCUCAUAACCCCGCCCUGCUGUGCCCCACCGUGCCCAACCUAGGGGCUCAGUGGACACACCCAGGGCCACACCCACAAAGCUCCUACUCUGACGACCAAACGUGUUUCAGUAAAUUAAGAUUAUCCUUUUUUUCUUCUUGCUUAUUUUUGUUUUUAAUGUCUCAUGAAGCAUUGCUGCGAGCAGCAAUAGAAAAGGUUUAUUUAAUUUGUUUUGUUGAUUAAAGAGAGAAAGAUUUAAUUUCUUUCCUGGGCUGCGGAACAUUUUAGGAAGUUUUUCUUAAAGUUAAAAUGUUGUUAAGAGUUUCUUUUUGUCAUGUUGAUUUCUUCUUGCCUCCAAUACAUUAUUAGUGCAUCACAGCAUUUUCAUUUUUAAAGGGUGUACGGUACAUUUCAGCCCAUGGCUUUGUCCUUCUGUGUCUGAGAUCAUCAGAGAUUUAUGGCUUAGUUUACAUUUCCUGUUGUCAAACAUUUGGUGCCAAAAUGGCUGUGAGCGCCUCAGAGAUCCACACUCUGUGUUCGGUGUAAAUCUUUGCCCCCAUACCCAACACUUCCCAAGCAGAACAUAAGAACUAGCUGCUACUCUCAGUGUACAUAUCAACAAUCUACUGCCCACGUCACAGCAUCAGAGACUAUAUCUCAUACUGUAAUGUGAUUAAUGUUAGCCACGUUAAGCAAUGUCAAGGUUAAUAACUGCACUCUCCAUCACGCUGUGAAUUGGAUUACAGUCUGUUGUGUUAGCAUUAUACCGAAGGGAGAGAGGGAGACAGAGAGUCAUUUUGUCUUUUACACCCCUUUGUAAAUUCAAAACCACUCCGGCUUCAAAGUGAAGGAGACAUUUUUCUGAAAGGCAGCAUCUCUUUGUUGCACUUGGCAGAAACCUGAAAUCAGAUUUUUGGUAUGCAUUUGUUCAUGCUGUUCAGUACGUCUGUUAGAUUGAGUCCCUAGUUUUAAAGGAAAAUUCAGGUUUUAUUCAUGUAGUUUUGUCCAUCAUUCCUGCUGAUAAUGAUAACAUUUGACUCACCAGAUUCAAUGUAGAGAAAUUGCUGAUGCUGCAAUACUGCAAGACAAGGCAGUAGGUUUGUGCUAAUUUGAUUAAUUGUACCAACUAAAGUGCAGGAUCAACUGACAUGAUGAGGGCCUUAAAGUGGGUCCUUAAUCUUGAGGCCCUGACUUGGCCCUGUUAUCUAGUGUUAAGUCCUAUUGGCACAGACGCCAGCAAUUGCCAUGGGGCCCCAGAAACUUAGUGGUCCCUGAAAGCCCAAGGGUCACUGCUCACUGGGAAUUGAUUUAUGGUGAUGUACCACAAAUCAGUUUAACUUUGUUUGGGGAAUGUGGAAAUAUGCAUUACUAAAGCACAAUAUAAACUGUACCCUGCCUCUCGCCCAGUGUCAGCUAGGACUGCAGCCCUGGCAAACCUCUAAAAAGAAUAAACAGGUAUAGCUAAUGGGUGGAUGAUUGGAUGAUAAGGGCCUUAAAGUGGGUCUUGGUUUAUUACCUUGAGACCCUGUCAAGUCAGGUUUAUUUAUAUGGCCCAAUAUCACAAAUAUAUCUCAAGGGGUUUUACAAUCUGUAUAACACACAGUAUGAAACUAUGUAUCUGUAGACCCUUAGUUUGGAGAAGGAACAACUCCAUAAAAAAGUAACAAAAACAAAACGAGGGAAAAACAGGACAGAUAUAUACACAUGUAGUAUUGUGUAAAUGUAAUAAGUAAAAGAGGGGGCAGAAUCUAGUUUUAAGAUCUUCAUUUUGUCAGCUGAUGCUGACUUGGUGCAUAUCAACUACCUAAAGACACUUUUGGGUUACACUAUGGGACAUGCUGGAUUCAGUGUUUAAGUAACUUGAGUUAUACUAAAGACUAAAAGCCUCAAGUCUAAGUCUCAGGACUAUUCCUUUCCUUUUAAAUCUAUUUACACAACAGUUUUUGGAAGUGCAAUAAUUAAUAACUUGGGUGUCACAUUUAAAGUCAUUUUGUAAACAUACAGUUUUGCAAUGCAUGUUUUUAAUGGAUCAGAUCCAGGUCCACUUCACUAUAACGUUGUGUCUAGUGGUGACCCCAUGUCUUUAGAAUGAAGCUGGUGAGUGAAAUGUCAGCAUAACAAAGGUGUGAUGACCAAAUCUUACAUUAUAAAUAGACAGAUAUUUCAUUUUUAGCUGCAAACCUCUUCCUGGAGCUUUUGAAGUAUUAUUACUGUACACAUGUGGACAUGUGCCUGUGUGUGUGGGUUAUAAUGAGAGAACAACCUUGUUUUUUUUUACCCGCACUCACACAUCUGGCUCUAAUAAAGGAGGAAAGCUACUGGCCUGGCCUGUAGCCCUGACCGUCGUCCUCCUAAAGAAACAAUGGCUGUAUUCUCAGCACGGCCUCCUCCUGGGACAAGGCAUACAAAAAUACACACACACUCAGCUUGCACAUUAGCACUCCUGCUGAUGCUGAUGCCACGCAGCAUCUUACUCAGCAGUUGUAAGCAGAGGCACAGGCGGGCAGCACCUCUCCCCUUAAACACACUGAGCCUCGGCUUAAACUGCUCAUUUAACCCCCAGAAUGGAAGACGGACGAUACACAAAGGACUUCUUAGCCUGAAAACAAGCCAUUACAGAGGCCUCUCUUUCUCCGCUCCCACCUCCAAGAGUGGCCUCCUGUAUAAAAAAAUAACAGAAGUAAGUCAGUGUCAAUGAUCCCUACCGUCCCUGCAGAAUAAGGGAAGCCUACUUAAGCAAACAGAGUCGGUAAAAAAGUUCCUACGGGGAUUUAAGCGAGCACCGAGAGGCCCUGGAAGAUUUUCUGCCUUUAGAAAAAAACAAACAACUGCAUUUGGAAUACUUUUGUCCCUAUUCUUAACUUCUCCGUCUGCAUAAAUCCAGGCCUGUUCACUGCCCAGCGUUCUCAUACUGUAGGUGUGUUCAUAUUCAAGUCAAGCCAGCAGGUAUAUAUUUAUUUUGUUUUUGAACGAUGUCUAUUAUCAGACUGAAUUACUUAUUUACUGUACUGCUGAAAGAACACAGGAAGGCUUCUAAACAUAUCUGAGGGAGGAUUUCUCUCAAAGAGGAGUGGAUUAUGUGAUUUGUGCUUACGCUUUAUUUUGUUAUUUACGCACAGAUUAGCACACACAUUUUAUAUCCAGUAAAGCAUAGAGUCAUAGCAGGUACAUAUCAUUACCAAUUAAAGGGAUAGUUUGACAAUUUAGGAAAUGCGCUUCUUUGAUACAACUGUCAUAUCUGUUACAUAUGGAGCCACAACCAGAAGAUGGUUAGCUUAGCUGAGCAUAAAGACUGGAGCAGCUAGCCUGGCUCUGACUAAGAGUCUACAGCCAUGCUAGCAGCUCGGCGAGGUUACACUUACACACAGCAGGGAUUUGGGCUAUGCUAACGUCAGCAUGCUAACAGGCUCACAGUGACCAUGCUAAAAUGCUGAUGUGUAGCAGGUAAAAUGUUUUAACAUGUUCAUGUUAGUUAAUUGUGUUAGCAUGCUUUGUUAGCAUUUGUUAAUCGGCACUAUAUAUAAAAGUACAGCUGAGACUGAUGGGAAUAUUUAGGAAGCUAAAGUAUUUUUAAAUUGAAGUUUUUAUGUGAUGAGGAUAAUGAUAAUGUUUAUCUCAUGUUUGUUAGUGGUAGUCUUUAUGCUAACCAGCUGCUAGCUGUAGCUUCAUAUUUCACAGACAGACAGGAGCAUGAGAUAAAUCUUCUAAAACAAAAAUAAACAAAAAUGGUUUCUAUAGUUUUGGGGGUUUUCUUUUUGGUUAAAAAAAAUACAAUAUUUGGAAAUAUGUCAUCAGCACAGAGGGACAAAGCCUCUCUCAUUCUCUGCCGGGUUCCUCUCUCACAUAUCUACAGUCCCAGUGCAGGAUGUUCUCAUACAGUGUAGACAUGAUGUCAUUCAUUCUGCUGUUGUUUUUGAGCUCUCAUGCUUGAUCGAUCAAUUACUCUACCUGUCUCACACACACACACACACACACACACACACACACACACACACACACACACACACACACACUACGUUUGUGCGGCAAUCUUGUUUAUCUGUGCCUUUCAUUUGCAGCAACACAGAGCCGCUAAAAAAAGAUUCAGAUCACCUUCUCUCUGUGGUCACCUAGGCCUUCCUCCAUACUGACACACACACACACACACACACACACACACACACACACACAUACACAGUGACUAUUCAUUCCUUUGGUUGAGGACUGUCUGCCUAUAGCCGCUUCUACACUGCAUUAUAUGUUUGGGUUCAGAUGUUGGAUUUGCUGGAUUACUUUACAGCACAAAAGAGGAAUUCUUUUUAUUUUUUUUACAGUGCAAACCUUUAUUCUAGCUGCACUUGAGUUUUAACAUUUCUGAUAGGAGAAGCUGUUUUUAGCUCCCUUCCCCUUGCUCUUCUAAACAACCACACAACAGCAGAGAGAGCAGACAACCAUCAGCACCCUUUGCCACAGGAAGCACCACAAUCAGUUUUAAUUUGAAGAACACCGAAUGCAACACAUUCAGUAACACCUGUAAGGGUGUGUUUUUUACUUGAAGACAACUCCAUUCACACUCCUAAAAUACACUUCUCACAUGACAAUCCCCCUCGCUGCAGUCAGCACACACACUGCUCCAUGCACACACUGCAAUAUCACACAGUGAAGCACCUGCAGAGGCCCAUGGGACUGCACCGAGACAGGCAGAGAGCAGAGGAAAGCUCCUGAGGCUCUCAGGUCAUGUUCACACCAAUGUGGAUACAUUUGAACCUCCUUUUUUUCUUGGGAAUGUUCUCUGUUUUAGUGAAAAUGGAUCUUCACAGCAAUGUUUUAGUGUAAUUGUCAUGUGAUCCAUUUUUAAAGCUCUCCUGACUUGCAGGCACCCCCUCUCUUUCUUUGCACUUGCUCUGUAAAUAACAAAGAAUGGUGUGGUAGAAAUCACCUAAAGAAGCCUUCUUAAAAUAUAUCAUAAAUACAACUUGGCUUUCAUUUGCCAAAUUUGGACAUCAAUGAAAGAUAACACUUUACCAACCGCUGAGAUAUGGAAGUGUGGCUGCAAUGUCACUAAUAAUCCCUCAUUGUACAGAAACAAUGCACAACUGUGGCAAGCACUGUAGGUCAAAGUUCAAUCUCGAAAUCCAUUGGCUAUCAUUUACCGUCAAUUUAGCCUCUGGGGGCAACGACACGUGUUUCGGCUUGAGCGUAGCCAGCAGAUAUACAGAUAACACAUAUCUGGGCCCAGACUUUCUCUUCUGUGCACCAGUCAUUGUUUACAAUCCGAUCAGAAUGUGAGAAUGAAGUUGGAGUUUUGAGAUUUCUGCAUAUGAAUGAUGACACAUUUUUAAAAAAAGCUAAUAAAUACUAAAUUGUUGUCAGACGACAGCCAGUGUGUUCUAAGAUUGCAUUUCACCCAAUGCAUUCCGCCUCUUUUGCUCUUCACACGGACUGUUUACCUGCAUACAACCAAAGGCCGCUCAAACGUGAUUGGUCAUUACUAUUCAGACUACAAACGGACUACAAAUGGAAACCAGAACAAAAUCUUUCUUUGCCUCCAGAUUCUGCAUUCAUGUGCAGAUAUAUGUUUACAGAGAUUCAUUUACAUAGUUUGGUUCCAAAACGCAGACCUUUGUUAACAGGGUUCUUUCUACAAAGCUAGCUAUCUACCUAGGUACAUUCAUGGAAAAUAAUAACAAUGCGUACAGUAUCUUUUCAUUCUUCAUGAAAAAUGUUAGUUAUUCCUAGUAGCUACCACAGCUUCCCAACAAUAACUGCCGAACAUGAACACAAUGUCCGAUUGAAAAGGCCUACCUCUGGGUUUUAAAUUCCACCUACCUGCACACCUGUUCCUUGUGAACUGAGGGUUUAGAUUAUCUAGCCUGACUGUUGGUUUGUUUUUGUUGUGUUACUCUUUUAGUUUUACCUCAGAGUGAAGUGCUUUAGAUAACAUGUCAGCUUGUUUAGAGCCUGUCUGAAAUGAUCCUCUUGCUUUAUGUGAUCUCUGCCAUUUUUGAAAAGUCCUUGUUGUUUUCAGAGCAAGUUCCCAGUGGAACACAUUUGACUCAUUUUCUUUGAUAAAUUAGUGUGGGUGGAAGGCUUAUUAUCACAUUUUGCCUGCAUUUGUCAAAUUUGUCCACAUUAGCGUGGCUGUGGCCUCGGUGGGCCUGCCAGGUUUUACAUGUCUCUGUGUUGCCCUGACAUCUUGUUCGUCCUCCUUCAGUGUGCAGGGGUCACACACACCUUCUGAUCUCCUGAGUGUUUCCAGCAGCUUCAUGUCUUGCCAGAUGGUGUGGAUGUUGUGCUGUAACCUGUACAGUAAUGUGUGUGUGUGACCUUUUGAGGAAUGAGUCCCAAAUCAGCUGUGUCUGUUACUGAAUUUAUACCAUGUCAGCAGCAUUUUUCACCGUUGUGUGUAUCGGAGUGCCUCAUGUGCUGUAACUACAGGUGGAGCGGCUGGAUGAGAGCUGCAUGAGUGUGUGUGGGUGGUGUGUGUGUGUGUGUGUGUGUGUGUGUGUGUGUCCUCGAGGAAGGCGAGACUCUCAUUCAAACAGGCGCCACUUAUUUAUUUAUUUAUUCUCAGACAACGACCCAUACUCCUUCCUCACUAUCACCAUGGCAACACACUUAAACUCUCUGCAUCUUUCAUUUCCUCCCGGGACAGCCACUCACUGUUCUGUCUUACUCCUUUCAUUUUCAGGCGCACUCGCUGAAAUCAUGAAUAAUUGACUGUGUACUGUACACUGAGAGUGGUGUCGAUCCGACAGCAGAACGACCUGCGGUUCAUCUGUCCGAUGUUUUCACAAUAAAAUAACACUGAAACUCCCAGUGCCUCCCACUGCUUAUUUCAUGUGUGGAUGUCAAUUAUGUAACAGAACAUAUACCAACUGUACAUCAGCACUUGAACACUCCAUACAGAACAAGAAUAAAGCCAUGAAUUCAGCUCACUUUCCAUAUUUGCCUUUGUGUUUCUGUUGGAAUGGAAGAUAACGGUGAUCAAACUCAAGAGGUUAUAAUACAAUUUACAGUUAGGGGAGGCCGGGGUUGUUUGGCACCGAGCUAUUUUUCUGGUCUGUGCUCAUCUACUAUGUUAAAAAAUUGGUCUGUGGAGUAAAUGUAUUAUAACACCAUGUUAGACAUAUGGGAAUGUGUUCAUUCUAGUUAAUAGACAUAGAAAUCAACUACAUUUUGAUACAAGUCUGUGAUGAGUGAUGGUAGCUGGCUAACAUAAUUUCAUCACAAAGUUUGGUCAAAUGUGAGCAGGGUUGGCUGGCACUAUGUUUUCUUUCAAACCAGUUUAAUAGUUUUCUUGUUUAUUAACUUGUAACUGUUAAUAUAUAUUUUUGUUGGGGUAUUUUGAGAGACUAUUUCUGAAAGAUUAAAAACAAUGUAUUGACAGUUGUUAAUAAUUAUUCAUUUGAAGGGUCAAAGACGGUUAAAAGUAAUGGCAACCCUACAGAGGAAUUGAAUAAUAAUGUUAAAAAUAGGCAGAUAUUCUUUUAAAUGUUCAUGUUUUGUGGUUCUUGUUUGAAUUAAAGGUUCAAAUUGUC